AUGACGGUUGAGGCAACGACGAAGUCCGGCGACACGCUCCAGCUGGACGUCGCGCAGGACACCGGCUUCGGCUUCUCCCCGGGCGAAAUUGUGCAUUUCUCGAAGAGCCUUCGCAACGGCAAGGUCGCGCUGAUCCGCGGCAAGGCGGAUGGGCUGCUGUGGUUCUCCGUCUUCAGCACCGCCGAGGAGGCGGCGGCGCCGGAGGCCCUACGCGCCCCCGUUGACACCGCCAGCUGCCGCGCAAGGGAGGAAUUCAUUCGGCAGUUCGGGUGGGUGCUCGACAGCAAGACGAAUGCCGCGGCGCGAGGCGAGGUGUAA